AUUCACUCCCUACACGUACAGGUACAGGCCAGCACACUCACUCCCGAAAUUAUAGAAACAAAUCACCCACCCUCCCCCUUUGUUUCCCACAAUCAACGGUUUAUUCUGUUUGGUUGCAAAUGUGGACAGUAGGAACACAGAGACGAGAACCAGUAGGAGCUUUCGUAUUUUUCAGCAUAUUCUAAGUUCGCCCCGAGUUUCCCUGAUACUUUCAUUCAACACAUCCAUGUCUUCGAGCUUCAGUCCCUCCCGGAGCCCCGUUAACCCCCGGCUGCAGCACGGCGCCGUUGGCGGUGUUUCUCGCCUCAGAUCCUCUUCGCUCAAGAAGCCGCCGGAGCCCCUGCGCCGAGCCGUAGCCGAUUGCCUCUCCUCGCCUUCUUCAUCGUUUUCGUCUUCGCCCUCCUCCGCUUUUUCCCCUCACUUUUGGGGCCCCUCGGCUUUCGUCGCAUCCGAAGCUUCGAGAACUCUCCGGGACUAUCUGGCUGCUUCUGCAACAACUGACCUGGCGUAUUGUGUAAUUCUGGAACAUACAAUCGCAGAGAGGGAGCGCAGCCCAGCUGUAGUUGCAAGGUGUGUAACACUCUUGAAACGUCAUCUUCUACGAUACAAACCAAGUGAGGAGACACUACUACAGAUAGAUCGGUUCUGUGUGAACACAAUUGAUGAAUGUGAUACUAGUCGAAAGCAAAGAUUGUCACCAGGUUCACGAUCUUUAGAUCAACAAGCAGGGGCAUCAACAGGACCUAUGAAUAUAUCUCCUUUGCCUGUAUCCAGUUUUGCUUCUGGGGCUCUUGUGAAGUCAUUGAAUUAUGUACGUUCCCUUAUAGCUCAGCAUAUUCCAAGACUGUCUUUCCAACCAGCUGCCUUUGCCGGAGCGCCUCCUACAUCAAGACAGGCACUUCCAACAUUGUCAUCUUUGUUGAGUAAAUCCUUCAAUUCACAAUUAACCCCUGCUACUGGUGGAGAAUCUUUAGAGAAGAAAGAUGCUACUUCUAUAUCUGUUUCAAACUUAUCAAUCAUUGAAAAAGUGGAUGAAUUGGUAGAUCAAGUAUAUAUUGCACAUGAUGUUCUGAAAUGGCGCUGGCUCGGGGAGCAUCAUUCAUCAGCUUUGCCAGCUGAAAGUGAUUCCCAAGACAUGAGAAAACGUAAUUUCCUUGAAGUUGGUGCGGCAGGAUUACUUGUAGGAGACAUGGAAGCUAAAAUGAAGGGCCAACCUUGGAAAUUUUUUGGAACUGCUGAUAUGCCUUAUCUCGAUCAACUAUUGCAACCUUCGCCAGUAACAACAAUUACCGAUUCUGUCAAUUCCUGGUCCCACUUGAAAGCAAUUACAGCAUCUAAACGCACCAAACCUAGCCCUCGUCAAAUUUGGGAGGAUUCUCCUGUGAGCACAUUCCGUGUGAAGGCUCGCCCGCUCUUCCAAUAUCGUCAUUACAGUGAACAACAACCUUUGCGAUUGAAUCCUGCUGAGGUAUGCGAUGUGAUGGCUGCAGUUUGCUCAGAGACAUCUUCAACAAAUGCGACAUCUUCAACAAAUGCUAAUAUUAUGACAGUAUCAUCUAAAUUAAGUAAUCACUGUGGAAAGCCGUCCAUGGACGUGGCCGUGAGCGUCCUUGUGAAACUUGUUAUUGACAUGUAUGUUUUAGAUUCUGGUACCGCUUCUCCCCUGACUCUGUCUUUGAUUGAGGAUAUGCUUAGUUCUCCCAAAGCAGCUUGCAGGACUCGUGCUUUUGAUUUAAUUCUGAACCUUGGUGUUCAUGCUCAUUUAUUAGAGCCAGUUAUAACUGACAGUGCUUCAACGAUAGAGGAAGAAUAUUCUCAAGAAUCAUAUUUUGACAACGAAGCUCCACUUACCACCCAUGGAAAGGGAAAAUCAGAUUUUGUUAAGAAGAUGGGCAGAGUCUCAGCUAUUGAUAAUUUUGAGUCUUGGAUUUUAAAUAUUUUGUAUGAGAUUCUACUUCUUCUUGUUCAGACUGAAGAGAACGAAGAAUCUGUCUGGGCCUCUGCUCUAAGCUGUUUACUUUAUUUCGUUUGUGAUAGGGGGAAAAUUGUGAAAAACCGACUAAAUGGUCUUGACAUAAGGGUUGUUAAAGCAUUUCUAGAAACUAGCAGGAAGAACUCAUGGGCAGAAGUAGUUCAUUGCAAGCUUAUUUGCAUGUUAACAAACAUGUUUUAUGAUGAUCCUGAUGAACCUACUGAUGCCAAUCCAAGUACCCCAACUUUUCUCAUAGACCAGGUUGAUCUGAUCGGAGGAACCGAGUUUAUUUUUCUUGAGUAUUCCCUCUCAAACUCAAGGGAAGAAAGGCGAAAUCUGUAUUUGGUCAUAUUUGACUAUGUUCUGCAUCAAACAAAUGAAACAUGCAUAGCUACAGGAGUCAGUGAAUAUACCCAUGAUGAGAUUCAACCUCUUGCUGUCCUGCUCACUCGUGCAGAUGCACCUGAAGCAUUCUAUAUAUCUGUUAAGCUUGGGGUGGAAGGCAUUGGGGAGAUUUUAAGAAGAUCAAUCUCUUCUAUGCUGUCUAAAUAUCCCAACAGUGAACGGCUAAAUAUGCUCUUGGAGAUUGUAGUAGACAAAUUUGAUACAAUAGUAAGUUCAUUCACACAUUUGGACAGAGAGUUCUCCCAUAUGAUACAAAUUACCAAAUCAUACAAGUUUUUGGAAAGCAUUGAGGAUACAGUUCCAAGAAAUGGUCUUGGUAUGAAAGCAAAACUCUCAUGGACCAUUUUACAUUCGCUUCUUCAUUCAGGAAGAACUGCAUAUCGUCGAAAUGGUUACAUAUGGUUAGGUGAUCUGCUUAUUGAAGAAAUAAGUGAGAAAAGGGAUGCUGGUAUCUGGUCUAAUAUUAGAACCUUGCAGCAGAAAAUUGCCCACGCUGGUCUUCACGAUGCUUCAGCUGCUUCAGAUGUUCCUUUGGCCGUUGAGCUUUUUUGUGGGCUUUUGAAGUCAAAGCACAACUUCAUAAAAUGGGGCUUCCUACUUGUUCUGGAGAGGCUUCUCAUGCGAUGCAAAUUUUUGUUAGAUGAGAAUGAAAUACUGCACCCAAGCAGUACCGAGCUUGGGCAUGUGGACAAAGAUGGUCAUCUGGAGAAAGCUAAUGCAGUGAUUGACAUCAUGAGCAGUGCUUUGUCCUUAGUGUUCCAGAUAAAUGAAACAGACCGCAUCAAUAUUUUGAAGAUGUGUGAUAUACUAUUCUCUCAGUUGUGUCUGAGAGUUCCUCCUACAACUGCAAUUCCAUAUGGAGAUGGUGUGCACCAAGCCAAUAUAAUGAAAGAAACUGAUGGCAGAUCCUACACCCUACUUGAACGUGAGACGGCCUCAAUGGCAGCACUUUUACUUCGUGGACAUGUCAUUGUUCCAAUGCAGUUAGUGGCACGCGUUCCUGCUGCGUUAUUCUAUUGGCCACUGAUUCAGCUUGCAGGUGCAGCAACAGAUAACAUUGCAUUAGGUGUUGCUGUAGGAAGCAAAGGAAGAGGAAACCUCCCUGGUGCCACGUCAGAUAUUCGGGCUACUCUUCUGUUACUUCUAAUUGGUAAAUGCACUGCAGAUCCUGCUGCAUUCCAAGAAGUUGGUGGAGAAGAAUUUUUCAGGGGACUUUUAGAUGAUACAGAUUCAAGGGUGGCAUAUUAUUCUUCAACUUUUCUUUUAAAGCAAAUUAUGACAGAAAAUCCUGAAGAUUACCAACACAUUCUUCAAAGUCUCAUUGUUAGAGCUCAGCAGAGCAACAAUGAAAAGCUGUUGGAGAAUCCAUAUCUUCAGAUGCGUGGCAUACUUCAGCUAGCAAAUGAUCUUGGAUCGAGAUUGUAAUCUAAUUAUGUGAUUAUGCAGAACUUCAUAUUUUUUGUCCUGGAGAUGCUGGACUUCAUUUCAUCAUCAAUAAUUCUCAUGAUCUUACAGCACCUGGGCAUUAUUUCUAUAACUGGGAUAUGCUUAAUUCUCAAGUGUGCAAAGUAAUUUUGAAUCUGAUUGGUAAGGUAAUGCCCAUCAAAAUAUCAAACUCAAGAUUGGAGCACAAGGUCUCAAGAGAUCAGAAAGCAUAAUGCAUCGAGAAUCAGUUUUGAAUGCCUAAAGAUUUUUAGCAGAGUUCCCCUGAAAAUGGUUUGCCGUGCUGGGUUUUUCUUCCCACAUCUCCAUCUAAAGUACAUUCAUGUGAUGACUUGUCCAGGGGCUGCUACUGUUGGUUACAUAGUUUGAUGUUAGUUUGAUGUUUAGCUGAAGUUUAGGAAUGAAGGCGCGGCAUUAAAUGUUAGCCAGAGCAGUUGUCCUGGAAAUCUUUCGACGUAUCUACCUAUCAUUAUACAAAGAGACGUUGCACAAGAGCUUGGAUGUAUCUUCAGCAGUUUGGUGUUCAUCGUAAUCAUGGGAGACCCUGGAUUUUUUUUUGGAAGAGUACUUGUACAGAAUUAGAUUUCCUCCAAGCCUUCGUUUAUUUUUGUUACUCUUGAAGGCGACCUUGACAGUUUUUUUUUUUUUUUUAAGUUUUGGGCAUUCCUGGGGUAAUGUCCAAGUAGGAUGUGUCUUAGAGGUUGAUCAACAAUUUUUUGACGGAUAGGACAAUGAUGGAGGAGGUUAGUUUGGCUCACAUUAUCAUCGGGUUCCACCAUUGGGCAUGACGGAGUGUUUGUUUUUAGGGGCAUCUCCUAAGCUUGCCUGAUAUUCUUUUGAUCUGAUUACAUUAUUGGACUUUGUAAAUACGUAUUGUUCUAGACCCAACGUUUUUCUUUUGUCAUUUAUUCUCUUCUCCAAACUCCCGGUGAUUGUUGUAAAAGUAACUGUGGAGAAAUUUCAUAACACGUAUGAUUUUGAGGUUCUUUGGCUAUUGAAAAUUUUGCUAUAUGUAUUUGCGA